AUGAACCGUAUCUUUGGGACUGGCAAACCAAAGGCCCCAAAGCCAACCAUCGGCGAUGCCAUCAACUCCACAGAUGCAAGGGCGGACUCGGUAGAAGUUAAGAUAAAGAAACUGGACGCGGAGUUGAUGAAGUACAAAGAUCAAAUGAAGAAAAUGCGCGAAGGUCCAGCGAAAAACUCCGUAAAGCAGAAAGCAAUGAGAAUAUUGAAGCAAAAGAAACUUUACGAAGGUCAGCGAGAUCAACUCAUGCAACAGUCUUUCAAUAUGGAACAAGGAAAUAUGGCAUUGGAUAAUCUGAAAAAUACCCUGGUGACUGUCGAUGCUAUGAAGUUGGCAAAUAAGGAACUGCGAGGGCAGUACAAAAAGGUUAACCUUGACAAGAUUGAAAAAAUACAAGAUGAGAUGGAGGACCUGUUGGAACAGGCCAACGACAUCCAAGAGACAAUGGCUCGCUCGUAUGGGCUGCCCGAGGGUAUUGAUGAGGAUGAUCUAGAAGCAGAAUUGGAAGCACUUGGAGAUGAGCUCAUCGAAGAUGAAGCAGAACCUUCGUAUCUGCAGGAGCCAACUUACGCUCCUGAAAUGCCAAACGCAUCAACCGAAGAACCGGCCCUGAAUGGUGUGGAAAUGGACGAAUAUGGUCUUCCUCGUGCACCAGCGAAACUCAAUGCGUGA